AUGUUAUCCGGAAUCGUUUCUCUGGCUCCUCUGCUGGACAAGGGCAAUCAUGACCGUGGCGUGAGUACUUUUAUACUGUGUGUUGGCGGCUAUAGAGUGUUUUACGCCUUCAACUGGAUGUACAAGAAGAUCAAUCUCGGACGGAACUACUCGGACCUCAAUUCCUGGCUGGGUGGGCUUAUAGAGAUACUCUUCUUCAUCGACUACAUCACGUAUCGCUUCAAGGGAGUGUCUUGUCUUCGUACGAUGGUUUUGGCGGUGGAUCAGAAAAUUAACGACAUUUCAGAGAAGGUGGAGAUGAAAGUUAUGGGCAGCAGCUCUAGUUAUG